AACACUUUUCACAUUUUGAAAACAGAGCCACAAAAGAAGAGAAGACGGAGUAAACGACGGUGUUUCCAACCUUUAACUCUGUCAUCUUUGAACUCAAAGUCAAUCCCUCUUCUUUUUUUCUCCAGUUCAUAUCGGCACGAUUACCGUUUCCGGAACCGGAGAGGACGAGAGCAUGGCCGUAGCUGAUCCCAAGCCUCACUCCGAACCCAAGGUCUGGAACUUCUUCAAGCUUCCCUUUCGCCAUUCCACCUCUGCCACCUCUACGACUUCGUCUUCUGCUAACCUUCACCUCCAUCACCACCAUCACCACCACAAUCCUAACAAUCUUCCCCUCGAGGGCUCCACCUCCCAUACCUCCAAUUCCGUUUCCUCCGUCGCCAGAUCGCUUCUCCCAACACGACGUCGUCUCAAGCUCGAUCCCUCCAACAAGCUUUACUUCCCCUAUGAGCCGGGCAAACAGGUUAGGAGUGCCAUCAGGAUUAAAAACACCAGUAAAUCUCAUGUAGCUUUCAAGUUUCAAACAACUGCUCCCAAAAGCUGUUUCAUGCGUCCUCCUGGAGCCAUCCUUGCCCCUGGUGAGAGUAUCAUAGCCACAGUGUUUAAGUUUGUAGAGCAACCAGAAAAUAAUGAAAAGCCUGAGAAAACUGGACUCAAAUUUAAAAUCAUGAGCUUGAAGGUGAAAGGAUCAAUUGAUUACGUCCCUGAACUGUUUGAUGAGCAGAAGGACCAAGUAGCAGUGGAGCAGAUUCUGCGAGUUGUUUUUCUAGAUCCAGAGCGUCCUUGUCCUGCUUUGGAAAAACUGAACAGACAACUAGCUGAUGCGGAUGCUGCCCUUGAGGCACGUAAGAAACCUGUGGAAGAUGCAGGUCCAAAAAUUAUCGGGGAAGGGCUCGUCAUAGACGAAUGGAAAGAGAGGAGAGAAAGAUACCUCGCAAAGCAGCAGGGUGAAGUGGUUGUAGAUUCUGUAUAGGGCGUUGGUCUGAAUACCUAUAGGAAAUGAUAUUGCCGCCAAGGAAAAUGUUAUAUUAAGAGAAACAAUUAUCAAAAUUACAGCUUCUUUUUCUUAGAAAAUUUUCAGGUGAAUCGCAAGUGUACUUUGGUGAAAACUAUGCGUGUGUGUGUGUGAUCUGAUCAUUAUCUAUGUAGAUAAAUGUCAUUUUGUUUUUAGGCUCUCUUUUUUUCGUGGGAAUAAUUUUGAUGGAUUGAUGUGAAAUAGUUCUGUUCAAUUUCUCAUGUGAUCAUAUUUGCUCUUAGCCU